CUUUUGCUAAGUAAAUUCUAAUAUAAAUAUAAACACUGAAUUUCUCAGUUUCUGUAAUAACCUCAAAUUUAGCGAAAAAGAAACCAAAAAACAUGAGCAUGCACUCGAAAAACACAAAUCCCGGAUUUGAUUUGAAAAACAAUGAAGGAAAUAAACCUCGAUUCCAUCAAUCUUAGAUUUUUGCUCAAAAACCCUUUUCGUCCAAUCACAAAUCCUAGAUUUAUUCUCUUCAAGAUCCAAUAAAAAUCCCUUUCAAAAUUCAUUUUUUUGUCACACAUUUUCUUUGAUCUGUUUAUUCAUAGAUGCAAAAAAGAUUUAUACUUUCUGCCUCUUUGUAAUCGUUGUCCUUUCGUGUUGUUUUCAUUUCAGUUUUGGGAAUUGUAAGUGUAUUCUGGAUACGGAGAGUGAAAAUUAUGAAGGUACCCCAAGAGUUUGGGGACAAUUUGGUGAAGUGGUCUUGACUAUUUUGCUUUAUUUGUUGAAUUUAGAGCAUGAUUCGUUAGUUUGUUUGAGAAAAAAAAUCAAAUCUUUGGCCAAUUUGGUGAAGUGGGUUUUGAUUGUUUUCCUAAUUAACGCAUUAUAUGUUGAUGAAUUCAUGAUAGUAUUUGAUUCUCACGUGGGCAUAAGGAUUUCUGAGAUGAGAUGAGAGGGGUGUUGUUUUGUGUGAGGUUUAAGGAGAGACAAUGACUGGAGGGUCAUUGGGGAUCCGUUCUAGUAGUUAUGGUUCAUUGGACAAGCAACUACAACAACAGCAACAUAAUGGUAAUGGUGUUCUUAGUAGUUCCCCCUUUCCUAUGCAAACAAAUGGCCGUACUAAGCCUGCAAAGAUGUUCAAGGAGAAAGAGAGUCUCUCCCAUUGGAUCUUCAAGUUUGCUGGUAGGAAAAAGGUUGGCAUGCUGUUCCUUUGCGUCAUCUCUGCCGCGGUUUUUGUCUGGGUUUUGUAUGUAGGAAAAGGUGAAGAUGCACAAGAAGGUGGCCGGCCCCCGACUAUAAGUCUCAGUGACACAUCGUCCUUAAGCAGGAUUGAGAACAAUACUUCUUUUUUCCAAGGAAGAUUUUCGAAUAUUAGUUUGCUUCCUCCUCCUCCUGCAUAUUUUUUGGGAUAUACCCUUCCUCCAGGGCACCCAUGUAAUAGUUUCACUUUACCUCCCCCACCAGCAGAUAAAAAAAGAACUGGACCACGGUCAUGUCCUGUAUGCUACCUACCUGUGGAAGAAGCCAUUGCCUUAAUGCCGAAGGUCCCCUCGUUUUCUCCAGUAAUUAAGAAUUUGACAUAUAUCCAGGAGGAUCCUCUUAGUAGAGAAGGAGAGUUUGGAGGCUCUGAUUUUGGUGGAUAUCCUACUUUAAAGCAGAGAAGUGACUCUUAUGAUAUUAGAGAGUCAAUGAGAGUGCAUUGUGGAUUUGUCCAAGGGAAAAGACCUGGCCAGAAUACAGGAUUUGACAUGGACAAAAUUGACCUGGAUGCGAUGGAGCAGUGCCAUGGCGUUGUUGUUGCCUCAGCAAUAUUUGGAGCUUUUGAUGACAUACAACAGCCACGUAAUAUUAGUGAAUACUCCAAGAACACUAUCUGCUUCUUCAUGUUCGUUGAUGAAGAAACAGAGGCUUAUUUGAAGAAUAACAGUGGUCUUAAUGACAGCAGGAAAGUUGGUAUAUGGAGAAUCGUUGUUGUCCAUAAUCUUCCUUACACAGAUGGAAGGCGCAACGGGAAGGUCCCAAAGCUUCUAUCGCAUAGAAUGUUUCCGAAUGCCCGCUUUUCCUUGUGGAUUGAUGGAAAACUUGAACUUGUUGUCGAUCCAUAUCAAAUUUUAGAAAGGUUCUUGUGGAGGGAAAAUGCCACUUUUGCAAUUUCUAGACAUUAUCGACGCUUUGAUGUGUUUAUUGAAGCUGGGGCAAAUAAAGCUGCUGGAAAAUAUGAAAAUGCCUCCAUUGACUUUCAGGUUGAAUUUUAUAAAAAGGAGGGUUUGACUCCAUAUUCUGAGGCCAAGUUUCCUAUUACAAGUGAUGUCCCUGAAGGAUGUGUUGUGAUAAGGGAGCAUGUUCCUAUUAGCAACCUUUUUACUUGUCUUUGGUUCAAUGAAGUUGAUCGCUUUACUUCCAGGGACCAAAUCAGCUUUUCCACUGUCAGGGAUAAGAUUCAUGAGAAAACAAAUUGGACUGUAAACAUGUUCCUGGACUGUCAAAGGCGAAACUUUGUUGUUCAGAGAUACCAUAGAGAUGUUUUAGAACAGAUGGCUCAUGGUCCGCCUGUUUAUCCUCCAUCACCACCACUGCUGCUAGCACCACCACCACCUCUUUUGGUUGAUGAACCUCCACUUCAAACAACACCUGAUACUUCAACUGAAAAGGUUAUAGGUGCUCCUGUCCGGAGAGCCCCAGUUAGGCGUGGAAGGAGGUCUGGCUCUAGACGCCCCCGCAAAGUUGCUGCUGGUGGCAAGGAAACUGAUGCAAGUUAAAAAUUUUGAUCAGGAAACGUAUCAUUCCUUUUCCUUCUCUUCUAGAAUUGUUUGCAGGAACUGAAGAUUCGUGCCAUAUGAGUGUUAUAGUUCUGCCGCUUCAGGGAGUUCCUUCUCAUUCUUUUUUUCCCUACCUUUUGAAUUAUCCUUUCCAACUCAUUUUUUAAUGUAUAUAGAUUAAGAUUUUAAUAAUUAUGACAUGGGUUGCUACCAAAAUCCUCACUGUAGUGACCCAUUUUUUUGUUCAUUAUGAUAGCAAGGUCAUGUUAGACUCGAUUAUUUAAUAGUAAUACUAAUGUCUCUUCUUUUAGGAACAAAUAAAUAUAAUGAACAUCAUUUUCCACUU